GGUCGUGACCAUAAAUGGAUACGUCCAGCAAUCGAGCUGUUUUGCAUAGUUGGAAGUGUCGCGGGACGUGUUACCAAGCUUGUCCGCUUGUGUCUGUCCCAUCUGCGGCUCACGUUUCAGCCUGUUGUCACCGGUAGACUGUCACUCGCUGAUCGUCGUCAUUUUUUUUCUCUCGCUCUUCCAUCGCGUUCCUGCGCCUACUCCCCGCUGGUAUGUUACAGCAUUUUAAUGACGAAGUCAAUCUGACAGUAACAAUGGCGAAUUGUGACAAUCUCAUGGCCGCCCUGCUCAGACGUGGGCUCUUCCUGGCCUCGCACCGUGUCAUUGAGCACGGCAGCAGCUCGGUCUGCCGCCCUUCAGUGUCUGCCAUUUGGCUAGUUGUAAGCCCUGCGGAGGAGGGUGUUUUCAUUCUAGUGGUGGUUGGAGCGUCUCUCCUCAGCAGCCAUGUCGGGCUUCAAUCUGCUCCAUCUAAUAAGCAAGAGUCAGCCUGUGACUCUGAGGUCCUGCAGUCUUCCCUCAGGAGCUGCCCGAAGCAAGAAGACAUGGCCCGUGACCUUCUCUCAGGAGGAGAUGAAGAAACGUCUCACGCCCAUGCAGUAUCAUGUGACCCAGGAGCGAGGAACGGAAAGCGCCUUCACAGGAGAGUUCACGUACCACAAUGAAGAGGGAACCUACACGUGUGUCGUGUGCGGGGCGCCAUUGUUCAGCUCCAAAUCCAAAUUUGACUCAGGAUCAGGCUGGCCUUCCUUCUUUGACCUUGUGAAACAGGAGACCAUCGCAGUGUCAGAUGAUUUCUCCUAUGGCAUGCAUAGAGUGGAGACCACCUGUGGCCAGUGCGGAGCCCAUCUUGGACACCUGUUCGAUGACGGCCCAAAACCCACCGGAAAACGUUACUGCAUCAACUCGGCCUCGCUGUCGUUCCAACCUAAAGAUGUUGAGGGGGCCUCUGGCUCCGCCUCCACGGGUGCCGCCGCCGACUCCUCGACGGCCGAGGGGAGGACGGAACUGUAAAAACCCAGCAAGGGCUCACACGUCGUGCGGGUUUGAAUCAAGGGGUGCAGGUUUGACUUCUAUGUAGAAGAGAAUUGACUCACAGAUGGAUGAUGUCCUUUGACACAGACACACGCCCGUUUAUUUUUAAUAUACAAGAGUAUAUUUUGAGUGUAACUUUGAUGAUAUUUGAUACUUUGAAGGUGCAAAUAUAGUUCUCAGGCAGAGCGUUUGGAUUGUGUGUGAUGUGAACACUAUUUUGUAUUUCUACCUAACUGAAUGAAAAUUUUUUUUUAACAGCUUGAAGUGAGACAUUCAAUUGAUGAAUAAAAAAAGCUCCCCAGA